CAGCUGAGGACCAACGUCAACGUAGUAGAACUUUUUCAUCCAUCUUCUCGUUCUCUCCUCGUCGUCAGCAUGUUCGCUCCUCUGCAGAAACGAGCGAACAAGGUGCUGAAACGGAUCCGUUCUGUCUCGGUCUCACUGAGGCUGAGCAAGCAAGUGAGAAGGAGCAGGAAGACAGCACUAAAGACGGCCCUUCUAGCAACAUCGUGAAGUUCUUACUGCAUCUUCUUGACGACUCUCAGGAAACUCGAGAUCUGAUACUGGAUUUCAUCCUCGGCGAUGGCAGUGAAGAAGACCACUGCUCUGAACAUGAUGAGAUAAUGAACAUGCAUCGUGAACAACAUCGACUUCGACGUCGUCUCUUAGCUGGUACUGGAGCAAGUGAUAGAGGUGGAGAAGUAGG